AUCUUGUCUGCCUUGUCGACAUCAGAGCAAUCGAUCAGAGGAGUAAAGUCCAGUUCUCUCUUUUACUCGUCCGUCAUUUUCACGUAGUUUCUGCCUCAGUCGCUGAUAUUUGAAACCAGAAUGGGAACCGACUUGACUUUUUCCUCUCGUCGGUCCCCUGUUGUGUGUUUACACGGCUGCGUGGCCUCCAGCCAACCUUUAGCUUCCAGUAUAGGACUGGAUGUCCUGAAGCGUGGUGGCAAUGCGGCAGAUGCUGCAGUUGCCAUAGCAGCAGCCCUGGCAGUAACAGAGCCGUGAAGCACCGGCCCUGGUGGAGACGCCUUCUGCUUGUUCUACAACGGAAACACUGGAGAGAUCAGAGGGAUUAACGGCAGUGGUCAUUCUCCCCGAGCACUGACCCUGGACUUCCUGGAAGGACAAGGUUACACCGCAGAGAGGCCUCCUUCAGUGUUUGAUGCUCUGAAUGUUACAGUCCCUGGGGCCCCAGCAUGUUGGUGUGAUACUGUGCAGCUGCUAGGAAGUCACAAGCUGUCCUUACAGGAGGUCCUGAGUGGGGCUGUGGAACUAGCAGAGGUGGGGUUUCCUGUGGCUGAGUUAACAGCUCACCACUGGGCGAACUGGGUGUCUGCUUUGAGGGAUGCUGGAAAGGAACUGGGUGUAGAAUUGAUGAUUGACGGUCAUGCGCCCAAAUGUGGACAAGUAUUCCAAAACACUGGCCUGGCUCGAACUUUGAAGGAGCUCGGUGAGCGUGGCAAGCCAGCUUUCUACCAGGGCAGAGUGGCCCAGGCCAUUGUUGACGUCAUCAACCAAAAUGGGGGAGUCAUGACCUUGGGUGACCUGAGCAGCCAUGACAGCGAGGUCAUCACCCCCAUAAGCACAGAGUACAAGGGUGUACGUCUGUGGGAGCUUCCUCCUAAUAGUCAGGGACUGGCUGCCCUGCUCAUGCUCAACAUCCUGGAGAACUUUCCUCAACUCAAAGCUAAAGGCCAUAACAGCUCUGACUAUAUCCAUGUACUGGUUGAGGCUGUGCGAUUGGCUCUAACAGAUGCUCUGCGUUACCUGGGUGACUCAAGUCAUGUGACUAUCCCUUUGGAAACCUUGCUGGACAAGGGCUACAGUCACCAGCGAGCACAGCUCAUCAGCACGGACAGGGCCAUGGAGAGAGUGGAGCCCGGCCUGAUGACAGGAAGUGACACGGUGUAUUUCUGUGUGAUAGACAGUGAGAGGAAUGCAUGCUCCUUUGUCAACAGCAACUAUAUGGGCUUUGGGACGGGGCUGGUCCCUAAAGACUGUGGAUUCUCACUACAGAAUCGCGGCGCUAACUUUUCCCUGUGCCGUAAUCACAUAAACUGCGUUGCUGGGAGGAAGCGGGUGUAUCACACCAUUAUACCUGCACUCCUCACCGAUUCAACAACCACAUCACAAAAACCCCGGCUCCUUGCUGCUCUCGGCGUGAUGGGAGCUUUUAUGCAACCACAAGGACACGUACAGGUGCUGUUAAACAUGAUGGAGUUUGGGAUGAAUCCUCAGCAAGCCCUGGAUGCACCUAGAGUCUAUGUAGAGUAUGACCACAAAACUGGUCAGUGGUUGGUUAACCUGGAGGAGGGGAUCGACCAGAAGAUAGCUGAGGAACUGAAAAGACGAGGACACCGUGUCAACUGGCCAGUGUCAGGCCACAAGAGGUCUCAGUUUGGGCGGGGGCAGAUCAUCGCAGUGGGGGAUUGGUGGAAUCCGUCUGUCACCCAAGGGGAUCGUCCUUCCAGGGUGCUUUGGGCAGGAUCGGAUCCCAGAGCAGAUGGAUGUGCUCAGGGGUACUAGAAAAUGCUCUUGCCUUGUUAAUGUUGUAAUCAGAAGAUUUCAUCAUAGAACUACUUGAAAAGAAAUGCCUACAAAUGUUGUGCAGUACACAGGUUGUUAUUUGUCAGCUGAUAUUUGACAGUGAGCUUUAUAACUCUUUCAAAAACCAUUGUACCUUCAAGAAGUGCCUUGUGGAAUCAUGUUUUUAUGCCUGUGUUCACUAGAUGUUGAGUUAAAGCACAUUUGCUGAAUGUAGAGUUUAGUAUAAAUCAGCACAACCUCAGAUUAUUUAUAAUGUGAAAAGUGACAAACAGGAAGAUCUUUAUCUUUGCUGCAUUGAUGCCAAAGAUGUCCUUCCUCAACUCUGUGUUUUGGCAGAGAUAAUUAUCUGUUUCAGUCUCUUUAAUUAGCUGGUGCUGAUUUGAAGUUUGCUAGAAAUGAAGUGUUGUUCCAUACAUAAACCUCCGUCCUCAAUAAGUUAUCAUUCCAUUUUUACUCUGCUCUGAAUUAUGUACAUCAGCAUUAUAGUGUCAUCGUUAAAAAUUCUAUUUUGCAUAAUGUUGCUUUUCCUUUUUUUCUGUGAAUCAUUUUCUGUUAUUGUUAACAUCUCAUCAAUUAAAACAUCAGUAUUUCAGAUUUUCUGUCAGUGAAAUACGCUUCAUCAGUUCGCAUUAACUUAAAUCUGCCAAAUACAUAUAGGUGUGCAUUUAUUUUAAGUUGCUGUUUGAAUCUUUGGUUCUAAUUUUAUAGUUGUUUCUGAAUUGCUUGCAGCUUUAGCCCCUGAUGUCAGAAUCAAACAGCAGUACAAAACACAUUUUAUGAAUUGUGCUUUUACACUGUUAGAGUAGAAGUACACCGAUCAGGCAUAACAUUAUGAGCACUGAGAGGUGACGUAAAUAACACUGAUUAUCUCUUCAUCAUGGCAUCUGUUAGUGAGUGGGACAUAUUAGGAAGAAAGUGAAUAUUUUGUGCUUGAAAUUAAUGUGUUAGAACCAGAAAAAUGGGCAAGUGUAAGGAUUUGAGCCAGUUUGACUAACCGUGAUCUCCAAAACUACAGCACUUGUGGGCUGUUCCUGGUCUGCAGUGGUCAGUAUCUAUCAAAAGUGGUCCAAGGAAGGAUGAGUGGUGAAUCGGCAGCAGAGUCAUCAGUGGCCAACGCUGAUUGAUGCACGUGACGUACGAAGGCUGGCCUGUGUGGUCCGAUCCAAAAGACGACCUGCUGUAGUUCAAAUUGCUGAAAUUCCCAGUGCUCGAGAUCUCAGUCCAAUCGAGCAUCUGUGGGAUGUGCUGGACAAACUCAGAUCCAUGGAGGCCACGCAUCACAACUUAGAGGACUGCAAAGAUCUGCAGCUAACAUCUUGGUGCCAGAUACCGCAGCACACCUUCAGGGGUUUAGUAGAGUCCAUGCCUCAAUGGUUUAAGGCUGUUUUGGCAGGAAAAGAGGGACCAACUCAUUUAUUAGUCAGGUGGUCAUAAUGUUAUGCUUAAUCAAUAUAUUAGCUUAUUUUCAAACCUACUUUUGUAGAGCUUGAGAGUAAAAACAUGAAGCUGCAGAGCCUAAUAAACUAGAAGAAAACGUUUCAAAAAGGGCUUGGAUGUAGAGAUGCUCGGGGUGAUUCUUAAUCAUUGUUCUUGUAAGACGUUGUGACAAAAAUCACAACAAAUCUCUUCCUGCCUGGAAGCUGAACUUGCUUAUUGCCUGACCUUUUUGGUCCGAGGCAACAAAAUAUAUAAACAUAAUUAUCAGAAUCUCAAAGGCAUUUCAGAGUGUGAGCCAUUUCUGCAUGUUUUCAGUGCCUGGUUUCAAGCAGGAAGGGUGAAGUGAUUUACAUUUGUGUAUGAGCUUUAUCUUUUAGUGAAUUUUUAGCCCCUGGGAAACGCCCUGCUGCCUCCCAGUCUAACACACAAACAGAACACAUAAAGACAGAGGCACAGUGACAGAAUAAAUUACAGUGCAUGCUGUGGCUUCAAAUUCGUGAAAAACUCUCAGCAAGUUGGUAAACAGCUUGAGAACCACUUAGCUGCCAGUUCACACAUACCCACCGCACAGAUUUCUCUUUGUAGAAUAACGAUGUUGGACUUUGUUUCAGUGUUGAUCUCCUUAGAGCCCCUGGAGCCACCCUGGUACCACGCGUUUGCUCUCAAACAUACACUCUGGUCUUACAAAAUCUGCCUGAAUCGACGCAGCUCUUUAGUCCAGGUUGUUAGCGGUCAGUACCAGCUUACCCUGCAGUUGAUCUGGAUGUGCUGAAUUCCAGCUGGAUUAUAAAACAGCUCACAGUGUUGAGGGCAUCUGAAACACACACAUGUAUCCAUACAGAGGUCACAUUAUGCUUUAUUGACCUAUAUACACCUGCUGACCUACG